CGAAGACCUUUUUGGCCAACUUCGCUUUCCGUCUCACCGACUUCACUGUGUGGUCCAAUGUCCGCCUGUCACCAAAACAGAAAUGAUGGUCUGCACGGCAUACUGAGAUUCUGACUUGCGGGUCAUCCCAGAUGGCGGGGCCUGUACCAGCUGAGUGCUAUUACGUUGGUGUGGAUGUGGGAACUGCCAGCGUGAGGGCUGCUCUGGUGACCACAGAUGGUCACCUGAAAUGCAGUGCAGAGGAACACAUCAGCAUCUGGGAGCCGCAGCCAGACCACUAUGUCCAAUCCUCCACAGAGAUCUGGGGCAAGUGCUGCUGUGUUGUUAAGAGAGUGACUCAGGAUGUGGAAAAAAGUCAGGUUCGAGGUAUUGGAUUUGAUGCCACUUGCUCUCUAGUGAUCUUAGACAAGAAUUUCCAGCCUGUGCCAGUCAACAUGGAUGGUGAGAGACAAAGGAAUGUGGUGAUGUGGAUGGACCACCGUGCUGCGGAUCAGGCCGCUCGUAUCACCGCUACUGGCCAUAAGGUUCUGCGCUGGGUUGGGGGGGUCAUGUCACCGGAGAUGCAGCCCCCUAAGUUGCUUUGGCUGAAAGAGAAUAUGAGAGAAAGCUGCUGGAAGGAAGCUGUUCACUUUUUUGACCUUCCAGAUUUCCUGUCUUGGAAGGCAACAGGAUCUUUGAUAAGGUCUUUAUGUACUCUGGUGUGUAAAUGGACCUAUUGUCCCCCAGAGGGAUGGGAUGCCAGUUUUUGGACUGCCAUUGGCCUCGAGGACCUCUUAGAAAAUAACCAUUCCAAAAUUGGCAAUCUGACGUGUCCUCCCGGGACCCCAGUAGGAGAGGGGCUCACCCAGGAGGCAGCAACUGAUUUGGGUUUGGACCCGGGCACAGCGGUGGGUGCCUCCCUUAUUGACGCUCAUGCUGGAGGCCUAGGUGUGAUAGGUGCAGAUGUGAAAGGCUUUCAUCUUCCAUGUGAGAGUCAUCCCAUCACGUCUCGCAUGGCGGUGAUCUGUGGGACUUCAUCCUGUCACAUGGCAAUCAGCCAGCAGCCUCUGUUUGUCCCGGGGGUGUGGGGGCCCUACCUGUCUGCCAUGGUGCCUGGCUUUUGGCUCAACGAAGGAGGUCAGAGUGCUACAGGAAGGCUGAUUGACCACAUGGUGAAGGGUCAUGCAGCCUACGCCCAGCUCCAGGAACAGGAACAGCAGAGAUCUUCCUUAUCUGGUGAGAACGUCUACACCUACCUCAACAACCACCUGUCUUCAAUGACGAAGGCCCAUUAUACUGUUGACCAGCUGGGUUCCAGUCUACACCUGUGGCCCGACUUCCAUGGAAAUCGGUCCCCGCUGGCUGAUCCCACCUUAAAGGGCAUGGUGGUCGGCCUGACUCUGUCCCAGACCCUAGAUGACCUGGCCCUGCUCUAUUUGGCCACUGUGCAAGCUGUUGCUCUCGGUACUCGACAUAUUCUUGAGGCCAUGAAGGAGGCAGGACAUGACAUUACAACACUCUUCCUGUGUGGUGGAUUAAGCAAAAAUCCACUGUUUGUACAAAUUCACGCCAACGCUACAGGCCUGCCCGUUGUUCUGCCUGAGCAGACAGAAGCCGUGCUGGUAGGAGCAGCAGUCCUGGGUGCAUGUGCAUCACAAGACUACAGCAGUAUACAGGAAGCAAUGGAGAAAAUGGCCAAAGUGGGAAAAGUUGUUCAGCCUGACCAUGAAUGCCAGCGUCUCUAUGACAGGAAAUACAAGGUUUUCCUGCGCCUCUUCGCCCACCAGAGGGAGUACCAGGCCCUCAUGAGUGACAGAUGACAUCCGGUUGGCGAGCGAGGCCGAGUUGGAGCCGAGUUUCUCCAGCAGCGGGGAUGAUGAGUGUACACACUGGGAACAUUUCACUACAUGACAAACUUCAUUAACUUUGAUAUCAGAGAAAUAAAAUGCUGUUGAUUUUCACAAAACAUCCGGGGUCAAAUUACUCUUAGAUUUUCCCUUUUGUCAGAAGUAAGUUGGUGGAGUGUUUGAUAGGUUAGUGAAUUUUACACCUUGGAUGUAUGCGAUUUAAGGCAUGCAGGUCUUCCAAAAGUAGACAGCGGUGGAAAAACCUCAUAAUAAGACCUUGCUGCAGGAUGGAAAUUGUGACGUAAUCGAUUUUGCUAGCAAGACCAUUUAGAUCAGCUGGUUCAGUGCUGUGUAAUAAUAUGGAGGAUAUAAAAAAUGACUGUUGAUUUAUCUACAGAUUGCAGAUUGUACACUACAUUCUUAUUUUAUGGCCUACUGUUAACUGAGCCACACUAAUGCUUGGUACCAGUCUCUAAGAGCGCUCUGAAAAUUCAAGUACUAUACAUGUUAUGUUAAAAUGUUUUUAUUAAAAAUAUUUAAAAAAAAUUGCUUUGUUUUCACAGUCACCAAAAGUUAAAGAUGCUGUGCAUAAGGUCAACAAAUCAAAGCAACUAAGAAAAACAAAUAAAGGUUGAGGAUACGUGUUAGCCAAUAUCUGCCGUUUUCAAACAUCCUGUGUCGACAUUGUUCCCUUCGAUGGCUGCACAGGUUGCUGAUGACUGCAAGUGUGAGCAAAGGUUUUUUUUUUUGGGGGGGGCGUUCUGUCAAACCACAACAAAAGCAACUCGCCUGCUUCUGUGUAC